CCGGUCCGAUUUUGUUCUUCUACCAUCUCUACCGUGGCGUCUGCCAUGGCGACAGAUAAUGGUUCAUGGGUCCACAACUCUGAGCCAAAACACAGAUCUUUCCCCGCGCAUGGUUCAUCUGUUGUAACAUGCUUGAUAUUUUCCCAUGGCCGCAUUAUAUCUGCCUCGGACGACCAUUCUAUUCACGUGUAUUGCCCUACAACUGGCGAUCUACUUCGCUCACUUGAGGGACAUAAAGGAGGGGUCUGGGCAUUGUCCGCAAGUAAGGACAUCCUUGUCAGCGGGUCGACGGAUCGUACGGUGAGGAUUUGGGACUUGACUACUGGUCGCUGUACACACGUAUUUGGCGGUCAUACCGGCACUGUACGAUGCCUAACCAUCGUAAAACCAGAGUGGAUAGACGUGGAACAAGAGUCCGGAGUCGUUACAAAGGAGAAGUGGCCCAAACGAUCUGUCAUUGUCACCGGAAGUAGAGAUCACUCCUUGAGGGUUUGGACACUUCCGAAGCUAGGUGAAGCUGAGUAUCACUGUUACGUCUCAGCGAUCCGGGACGAGGACCUGGAUACCGAGGAUGUCUCUGAAGCCGAAGAAAAUCCAUACCAUAGGUUACACCUUGAAGGUCAUGAUCAGGCCAUACGAGCAUUAGCAGCCAGGGGACGUACUCUAGUUUCGGGAAGCUACGACUGCAGUGUUCGUGUUUGGGAUAUAGUCACUGGACAGUGUAAAUGCAUCCUGACCGGCCACACUGGGAAAGUGUACAGUAUCGUCCUUGACCCAAAACGAAACCAAGCGUACUCGGGUUCCAUGGACGGAACAAUCCGUGUGUGGAAUCUGCAGACCGGACAAUGCCAACGCAUUCUGACCGGACACACUUCGUUAGUCGCCCUUCUGGGACUGUCGCCGUCCUAUCUGGUGUCUGGAUCCGCUGAUACGACGUUACGCAUCUGGGAUCCGGACACCGGCGAGCUGAAGCGCACUUUUGCCGCUCACACUGGACCUAUCACUUGUUUCCAUCACGAUGAGUUCAAAGUCCUCAGCGGAUCCGACGGAACACUAAAGUUGUGGAAUAUUCGUGACGGUAGUACUGUCGUAAGAGACUUGUUGGUGGAUAUUACAGGCGUAUGGCAGGUGGUAUUUGAAGGCAGAUGGUGCGUUUCCGCAAGCAACAAGGACGCCACCACCAUGCUUGAUGUGUGGGAUUUCGGGAGUCACAAUGAUGACGAGAGAGAAGGGCCCCCCAACACAACAAUGGGGAAGCGGGUUUCGUGGCGCCGUACGCCCGAGCGUCACUGUAGUACCUUAUUAUUAGAUACUCAUAGAAAGCAACAAUUACCUGAAGAUAUAUCUUCAGGAAACUCAGAAAAACAUGCUUUCCCGUUCCUGGUUUUCGACGACGUGAGGCUACUGACAGUCGUCAGGCUCUUCUGGAUCAAAUAG